GAUAAACUAGAGCUGGGCCAGGCUGACAGCGGAGGGCAAGCGGCGGAGAGACAGACCCACAGACAGUCAUGUCCACCGCCGAGGGGAAGAACGGAGCCGUAAGCGCCGUGGCCGGCUCCCGAGUGGGCUGUCGCAGCGUUGGGAAUAAAGUGACAGUGGUGCUCGGAGCUCAGUGGGGUGACGAAGGUAAAGGGAAAGUCGUGGAUUUGCUGGCACAGGACGCCGACAUCGUCUGCAGAUGUCAGGGGGGGAAUAACGCCGGGCACACCGUCGUGGUGGACGCGGUGGAGUACGACUUCCACCUCCUCCCCAGCGGGAUCAUCAACCCCAAUGUCACCGCCUUCAUCGGCAACGGGGUGGUGAUUCAUUUGCCGGGCCUUUUCGAGGAGGCCGCGAAGAACGUAUCCAAGGGGAAAGGUCUGGAGGGCUGGGAGAGCAGGCUGAUCAUCUCUGACCGGGCGCACAUCGUGUUUGAUUUCCACCAGGCCGUCGAUGGGGCUCAGGAGCAGGAGAGGCAACAGCAGGCCGGGAAGAACUUGGGCACGACGAAGAAGGGAAUCGGCCCGGUAUAUUCGGCCAAAGCGGCCCGCAGCGGACUGCGGAUAUGUGACCUCCUGGCUGAUUUCCAAGAGUUUUCCGAAAGAUUUAAAGUAUUAGCCCUGCAGUACAAGACCAUGUACCCAAAACUGGAGAUCGACAUUGACGGCGAGCUGGAAAGGCUAAAGGUCUAUGUUGAGAGGAUAAAGCCGAUGGUCAGGGAUGGUGUGUAUUUCCUGUAUGAGGCCCUGCAUGGACCUCCCAAGAAGAUUCUAGUAGAGGGAGCUAACGCCGCCCUGCUGGACAUUGACUUUGGGACCUACCCCUUUGUGACCUCAUCGAACUGCACGGUGGGCGGAGUCUGCACCGGGCUGGGCAUGCCGCCCCAGAACGUGGGCGAGGUGUACGGAGUGGUCAAAGCCUACACCACCCGCGUGGGCAUCGGGGCCUUCCCCACCGAGCAGAGCAAUGAAAUCGGGGAGCUCCUCCAGAACAGGGGGCGGGAGGUGGGCGUGACCACCGGCCGGAAGAGGCGGUGCGGCUGGCUGGACCUGGUGCUCCUCAAAUACGCCCACAUGAUCAACGGCUUCACCGCUUUAGCCCUUACUAAGCUGGACAUCCUGGAUGUGUUUCCAGAAAUUAAAGUGGGCGUGGCCUACAAGGUCAACAAUGAACAGAUACCUCAUUUCCCAGCGAAUCAGGAGGCCUUGCAGAAGGUGGAAGUGCAGUACGAGACCCUGCCCGGCUGGAACAUGGACACCUCCUCUGUCCGCACCUUCCAGGAGCUUCCGGAACAGGCGCAGAAGUUUGUCCGCUACAUCGAGGAGCACCUGCAAGUGCCUGUGAAGUGGAUCGGCGUGGGUAAAUCACGGGAGUCCAUGAUCCAGCUCUUCUGAGGACCACACAGCCCAGCACGGCGUAACCCCGCCCCCUGAGAUUCCACAGCUUCCUGUCCCCCUAGAGGUCAAGGGUCAGGGCUCCGGGGUUACCACAAAAAGGACAACGCUGCAUGUCGACGUUUCUCAGUGCGGGACCCCCCCCCUCAAUCUCCAGGGCAGCAGCACAACAGUGCACCAACCAGGGGGCAUGUCCCCACAGCAACCACGCCCACCUCUAGCCCCGCCCGCCCACCCACCCACCACGCACGUGUAUAUAUCCUCCUUCUUUAUUCUUCCAGGAAAAGGACCAAUCGGUAGCGCAGUGUCAAAAUGAAACCCCUCCCACUUUUCUCCGGUUCCCCUGUCUCUGGGCUUUUCGUCUGUGUCUGACGUCCCCGCAGCUGUUUUAAGUGUACAUGCGUUGUUUGCCUUAGCUGUUCUGAGAAUGCCUGUCAUUCAUACUCUGCCUUGUCUGACUGACUCUCUUCCACUCCACGGGAAUUAUGGGAGGGUGCCGCUGUUGCUGACAACGGUCCGGUGGUGUUAAGAAAAAAUCUUUUAAUUUGUUUCUGUUGGACUGGCUAACCUCUCUUUUUAUCUGUCUCUCUGCCUCUCUCUCUGUCACUGUCUCUCUCUCUCUCACAUUUGCCUGUUACAUAGCCUGUGGAAACCAGGAAAGGGGGGAAAUGUCUUUGUGGUCCUAAGUCUAAAGUCAGGGAAGCAAACAGCCCUGCGUUUAAAGAGGUCAGAAUGUGUUCUUAAAACUACUGAAGAGCAGGACAUAUACAACUACUGUAGCAAUAAUUUAUAAUCAAACAGAAGUCCAUUAUCCGUGGGGAAAUCUAUUGUCCUUUAAUAAAUCCAUGACAGUGUCCUAGGAGAAGUCUGUUAUCCCAGGAGAAACACAGUAUCAUUCAGCCAUGUGUCCAGUGAUUGCGUGAUCCUGUGACUUUUGUCUUUCAUAAUUUAAUGUCCACACGCGUCGAUGGAAGUGAUUGUAUUUUCAUUCAGAGGUGGGCCAAAGGUCCAGGUUUACGGGUCCCAAUGUUGUGUGUGUCUGUAUCAGCAAUGGUGACUGACAGGUGCAUCUGAACACACCUGAACACCUCUGGCUGCUCUGGUUCAAGCCAGUUCAGUGACAGUUAAUAUUUCGAAAUUAAAUUUCACAACGGUUAAAAUACUUCUUUUGGACAAACCGUGUGAGCGCAUAACGUUCUGGAGUGGAAAAUACUACUGGCCUGUGAGCUGAUUUUUUCCCCAUGGAUGCCAUUACAAGGUAGAAAUGAGAUGAAUUACCUAUCAGAUAUUUUCGUUAAAAUCUGAGCUGGUGUAGAGACCUGGCCUCCUCUCUGUGGACUUCAUACCACAUUCAUUUCUCGCCAGUUCUUUAUGUCUGGUUGAAUGAACUCUUUAGCUAGCAUCAUCACUGGCAGAUUACUCCUACUAUUAAACUACUGUAAAACGUUUAAUAAAGGGACGGAAGAACAAUCCUUCAGCUGUCAUUUGAAAGCUAAAAAUGUCAGUUCAGUGCAAACGAGCUAAUUAUUUAAUUAAGAGCAGAAGUUGGAAGAAAUCCUGAAACGGAUGUGGCCUUCCAGAGCUUUGGGUCUCCCACCCUUCAUUUACAGUAAACUUUGCACGUCAGCCUCCUCUGGCUAUUGAUUGUAAGAACUAAACAUACAGUACAACAUGUUGAACUAUAGAAUGGAGCUGUCCUUUUUUAAAUAUGCAGAUUCAUAAGGAGUCUAAUGUUACAAUUUCCAAAGAAACAGAGCUGUUUUUAAUAUAUUGAAGUACAUAUUUAAUUUCAGUGUGGAGUUUGUUUAAUAAAGACCACUGUACUUUUCUUCAGAAUGUUUUUUUUUUUUUUUUUCUUUUAAUCAAAAACUAAUCGGAACAAAUGCGUAGCUUAAGAUGCGAUGGUUUUGUGCUCUAGCGAAAGACUGGAGGCUCUGUGGAAGAUUUGGCGUUGGAUGUAGUUUAAAUAAAACGCCACGCAUCUCGAUUCUCUUGAUUUGCAGAUUCUGAAUGUGUUAUGAAGUUAGACUGAACUGCGGUGCCGGAGUUGCAUUGAUUGCUGAUUGCCUGGCCUAGCUUCUGAAACGGUGUAUCGUCCUGCAUUUGGCUGCCAGUGUCUCUGGAUAUUCUUCCAGAGACUGUGACUUCAGAAAUCAGUGGAGCCGAUCCAGCACGUUCAGCAUCGGUCUGUGUUCUGUUAUGCGACAUCACGAGAAACCAAAAAAAUGAAAACGGUUAACAGCAGCCGGAUAAACCUGUUUCUAGAAUGGCCCUUCUUCACCGGCUGUCCCCGUGUGGAUGUGUGUAAGCGGAGACAUCGCUAAGAUAUUUUACUCUGUAACGUCUGUCAAAAUAUAUGACAUUUUACAUAAUUAAAUGGUUAAAUGGCGGUUUUAUACUCAUUUUUGCGUAUAUUGCAUGACGUUUGCAUAAAAGUACUUGUCUAUAUGAAA